CAUGUGCCUUUUGUUGCACACUUUUUAAUUAGUUUUACUCAUAUAAUAUUAAUUUAGGUAAAAAAGUAUGGAUGUACCACCGGAUCUUCACAAAUGGCUAAGAAAAUGUUUGAAGAAGGAGUUCGGAAAAAUUAUACAAAACGCUAUAGACAAGGAGCAGGUGCCCAGCGAUAUCGCCUACAAACUCUCACAUUCCAAGGAUAUGACUGCUUUGUUGAAUUCUAUGAAGAAGGCAAUCGCCGAGCAAUACGUGGUGGUAAAACCUUCAUCCGCGGCAUCGCAAUCGCAAUCGUCACAUUCCUUCGCCAGCGAUAUCGCAGCAGACGACUGGACUUCUUCGCAAGGAAAUGCGGAAGAAUACAACUGCAUUAUUGACAAAAUUAGUCGUGACAAGCCAGUCCACGUGAGACUGGCUGGCUAUGAAAUUUUAUUAAAGAUUGAAUUAUCCAAUAUAAAUAACAGUUCUCAGUGGGAUGUUUUCCAAAAGACGUUGCUGGAUGGUCUCACAGAUGAUAGCAGAGCUAUAUUCGAUGCUAGCAUGCAGGUACAUGCAAGGUUGCUGAAUUGCUCGCAAUUAAACCAUAUUUACAACAAUUUAUUGAACGCAUUCAAUGCGCAAUAUCAUUCGCAGAAAUUGCGCGAGACUCUGCCCACUCUAAUCUCCGGAAUUAAUUUCAAGUUUUUCCUGCAUGAAAAACUGUUUUACAUAAUGCAUCUGAUAGUUCGCUAUCAAGAAGAAAUGUUAAAAAACACUAGGCUCAGCGACAAGACUGUGGAAGAAGUUAUAGAGCAAUUUGUAGUAUUUCUCAGUACGCAUAGUUUUGGCAACUCGUUGCAACCUAAAACUUUAAACAUGCUAAAUAUUAUCUCGGUAUUAGAGCCGCAGGCCAAAUGGAGUAAAAGGUGGCUUCAUAGUCUCUCUACCAGGAGAACUUUCAUUGUUAUUCUAGCAAAGUCUCCGACGUUUCUGCAAAACGUUAUUGAAUGCGUUAAGAGCGGUGUGGCAGAAACACCUUGUUCCUUGUCCAUCUCUAUCACGGAUGAAAAUAACGAGCUAUGUAUCCCUGGCAAUACGAUAGAAACUGCAACUUAUCUGCAUUGUUUGACCUUUGUCUCGCAGCUCUGCAGCUGUGAGGCGGGUAGAAAGUUGCUCGCGGAGAGUUCAUUAAAAACGCCAUUUGAUGUGGCUGAUUUCUUAAUAGAAUUAUUGAACUCUUUAAAUAAAUUAGCAGCAGACGCUCCAAGUGGAGUAUAUAAUACUUCUUGUAACGCUCUUCAAAAUAUGCUCGAUGUUUCGGAUGUACUAUACAACGCUGACUUUUACCAUGCUACAUUAUGUCGCUUGGCAUCUCUUUCCGAAAAUAAUAUAAAGAUUUGGCCACAUACGUUAAACAUUAUUUCUCACAUGAUAGAUACGACAGACGGUCCGGCAUUUUUGACUACAAAUUGUAAAGAGCAUUCAACAAAUUCUGAAAAUACCUCAUCAAAGUGCCCAGUUGCAAUCAUAAUGCAAUGUAUGUCGAAUUUAUUGAAACAGCCGUUUUCUAUAAUGGAUAUAAAAUGUAUCCUAAGUUCAUUUAAUCUAAUAGAAAAAUUAUUCGAUAUUUAUGACGUUUAUGAGGCCGCGCAAGAACAGAUUGAGAUGCAGUUCUAUCCAGCUGUUGCUAAUUUUUACAAAAGAAUAAAUAAAUGCAGUGUUGAAAACGAAAAUAAAAUUCAACAACUCGAUAGUGCUGUUAAAAAAGUUUUAUUAAAAAUGGUAUCAAUACCACUCGGAUUGCAAGCGCUCGUCAAUGAGAAGUUAAUAUUCGAAGAACUGAUUCGUGGAUUAAUCGCUCCUUUAAGAGUAAUCUGGAGUUCUACUGACAUAGUGAGCUUCAUUUCAUCGGCUGGUUAUUUUGAUCUGGGCUACAAUGUGCUCGCAAAUCUCGGAUCCCAUGUUCUGUCAACUUUAUUAUCGCAAACCUGCACAAACGCAAAGGAUUCCAGAUUUUUUUAUGAUCCUUGGGAUAGAGAAAAUGUUCACGAAUUUCUACAUAUUCUCACAUUAUUUUCUCUUAAUUUUAAUUGUACGAAACUGAACCAUUUAUAUUUCUUAUUGUACAUAUUCUUAACAUGUAAUGGAUAUAUACAUCCAUUAACAGGUUUUGCCGCGUUUAUGGUCAAUGAUAGCGAAUCGGAUAAUGACGAGGAAAAGGAUUAUCCUUCAAAUUUGUUUGAAUUACUGCAGGCUGCAAUAGACGAGGAUUCAAUUUAUCAUUAUUUAGCUCUUCUAUCGUUGAAUACUGUAAUUUGGAAUCUAGACGUUUGUGCUUAUUUAUUAAAUUUGUUAAAUUUCCAGGAAGCACUAUUAGAUAUUCAGAAAAAUAGCACAAUUUUCCUUGAAGUUCGCAAAGAAAGCGACGAUGAGACUUAUUAUAAGACAGAGGACGAUAUUGAUGAUGAUGAUAAGCCAGAACUGCGAAAGGAAUACAUAAUUGAUGAAUGCAGUUUCGUACGACAUGAUAUUUUAUUAAAAUCAUAUUACAUGACAUAUAAAAAAAAACAAUGUGUGAUACCAUUUGAAGAAUACGAGCUUUUUUCGGAAUUUCCACCUCCCAGAAUAUACGCAGAUAUGAUGGAUUACCGAGAAAUGGAAUGCGAUUCAGAGCUGAACGAUAUGCUGCAGGAGGAAAGGCCCGGAUUGCUAGAUAUCAGUUGGGUUUCACAAGUUAGAGCGGCUCAUAAAGCCUCACGAUGUCCAAUUAAGAAUUCCAUGAUGACGAAUUUGUUAAAUCAAAUGCACAAAGCUAUUCCAACUGCGGAAUGGGUAGAGCAGUUUGAAUGGCAGGAGAAUAUAACAUACGAUAUAGAUUAUUGGCUUCCGGAAGAUAUGCAUGCUAUUAACAUUGUUUUGAAUUAUGCUGAACAACGAGAGAUUUUAAAGAACAAUAAUGACAGUCAGAGGAAUUUGAAACAAUUCAUUCAUUCUGCCUACAUAUUUAUACAGUACAAUAAACCGAACAGAUUCGAGGGAUUUGAUUGGUUCUUGGCAACAGUGUUUAUUAUCUGUGAUGGAGAUGUGGAUAAAUGCAAGACUUUUAUCAUGCAAGUAAUUCAAUUUCCAUCAACAUUGCUUCUCUGGCCGAAAUUAGGCAAAGUUAUCGAUGAAAAAAAUAACGAAGGCACUAGUUCGCAGUUUACCUUUAUGCAAGUUUUAGAAACUAUGGUUAACAUCGAGCUUCCAAAUAUUAAAUAUGGAUUAAAGGAUGUCUUCGGUGUCAAUUGGUGGAUGAUAUUCAAUAGAAUGUUGUCACAAUGCUUCUGGGGAAUCCUUCCAUGGAGCGAAAUCGUUCAUUUUUUUGCAAUAUGCAUUUUAUAUCCAUCCGAUUAUAUGGUGUAUUAUUCUGUAUCAUUUUUGCAAUUUUGCCAGGAAGAGCUACUGCAGGAUUUAACAAACAGAAAAAUGUGGCCGGAGUGCAUGGUAUUGGAUGAGUAUCGCUGUCAUAAUUAUAUUACGUAUAUGGAUAAUUUAGGUCAACGAUAUAGAAAUCGGAUUUUACCCGCAAUGACUAAAAAUUUAAAUUCGGAAGAUGAAAUAUAAUAUAUAUAUAUAUAUAUAUA